AUGGCUUCCGAUAAAGAAAUGACCUUAUAUUUGAAACAAAUUCGAUAUCUAGAGGAGCAGCUGGAUAGCUGUCGGCCUAAACAAGAGCAGAUGGAGAAAGAAUACCAGGAGCUCGCCUCUGAAUUCGCCGUGCUGCAGGAGGACUCAAAAAUCCAGACUGGUCACCUGAAACGCAUCCUGACUGCGAAAGAAAAGAGGGUGACUGAGUUGUUGGAACAGCUGGAGAAUGAGCAUCAGGAAGCCAAACGCUACAGAGACAACAUGAUGCUGCAGCACAGCAAGGAGAUGCAGGAGAUGUGUGAGCGGAUUGAAAAGCUUAAGUCAGAGAACAAGAUAGAGGUGGAAAAGUUGGAGAAGCAGGAGAAGGACCUGAUUUCAGUGAAGUGGCGUCUGUCUGCCAUGGAGUCUCUGUGGAAGCAGCUGGAAAAACAGAAGGAAGAGCAUGACAGUGCCACCAAAACAGUGAAGGUGGCAGCACAGGGGGAGAUGGACAGGAAAGUUGAGAGAUUGCAGAGCAUCGUGGAGCCUACUGUAAAGCUGAAGACUGAAAAAAUACUUACGAAAAACAGGGCUGAGCACGAGGAGCGGCUGGAGCAGCUCCACUUUCUGAAGAGUGAGCUGGUGCCCCUGCAGGAGGACGUGGAUGCCAUGCAAGCCAGACAGAGGGAUCUUUGUUCUGAACAAGAUGAUCUGGAGAAAGAUUUCAUUAAGAUUAUUCAGCAGAAAUCCAUCCUCAAGAAGAACCUAGAUGAGCUAAGAGAGCAGUGCCAGCAGUUGACUACAGAGCUGAAGGACUGUACGUUGGCUAAGCUGCGCACACUGGCUAAAAUCAAGGCUCUCAGCCAGAGUCUGUCUUUAGUACACGAGGAGUGUCGUCAAAAAUCAGCCAGGAUAACUUCACUCUCAGACCAGAUCCAGAAAGUGAGGUGCAAGAAUUUGAAGCUGGAGGGUGUCAAGCAGGAAGCAGCCAUCAUUCUCGGACACAUCCUGUCGGACGCAGAGAAGUCGUCUGAGAAUCAGUGGAAGGUGCAGAGGCUGCUGGAGAUCCUGGAGAGCACCGCCGUGCUCUGA